AUGGCCCUAGACUACCACCAGAUGGUUGUUGAUAAAGGCGACCUCACUGUUUCUCUUAGUGACUGGGAGAUUGGGAAAGCCCUCGAAAGCUCCUACCUACGCCCGGACAACGUACUCCCAGCGAAGACGGCACCGACUACUCCAACCACUCGGUUAACGCGCUCUACUGCUGCCCCAAACAACGAUACUGUUAUCUGCGAAAAGUUCAACACUUCUGCCGGCUGCCACUGGCGAACAUAUCACCGCAGACACGUCUGCUCUAAGUGUGGCAACGACUAUUCCGUGAUAAGCUACAGAGUGAAACCAGCGAGUUAG